AUGUCAAUCACUUAUCUUAAUACAACUCCUAAAACACCAGUAUAUCAUAAGCUACCAAUUUCAAUAAGCAAUACAAGUAAAUUUCUAAUCUUUAUUCCCGGUAACCCUGGUUUGGUCAAUUUUUAUUUAACUUAUUUAGAUUUGCUUCAAUUACAUUAUAAAGAUUUUGAAAUAUUAUGUAUUGGACAUGCUGGAUUUGCUCCAAAAUUAUGUUAUGAUACAUAUGAUGUAAAAUAUCAAAUAAAUCAUAAAGUUCAAAUAUUGAAAAAUUUAAUCAUUGAAAAGAAUCAAGUUGGAAUUACACCCGAAUUUUUUUUUCUUUCUCAUUCAGUGGGCAGUUAUGUAAUUCAAAGAACUAUAAAGUUAUUAUAUGAAGAUUCUUCAAUUAAUGAGAAAUUUAAAAUUAUAUUUAGCGGAUUCAUAACUCCUACCAUUUAUGAUAUUAAAUCAUCAAGUUCUGGUAUCAAACUUUCUAAAAUGAUGUCUUAUCAUAUUCCAAUCAUAUAUCUUGCUUUGAUUUUUAAAUUCUUGGUCAAUUUAUUAUUACCUGAUAAUUUAAUUAGAAAAAUUCUUCAUUAUCAAUUGAUAACAACUAAAUCAAAUCUUAUUGCUGAUGUGGAACCAGGUACAAAUUUAGGAUUUGAAAAUAGUGUAGAUGGAGGAUAUAAUCUAAUUAAACAUUCAAAUAUUAUAAAUCAAGCUUUAACUAUGGCUCAAGAGGAAAUGACGGUAAUUGAUAAAAAAGAAGAGAUCAAUGAUUGGUAUUUUCAAAAUACUAAAUUUGUUAAAUGGUGUUUUUUUGCAAAUGAAGAUCAUUGGGUUUCUGAAAGUUCAAGAUCUCAUUUAUAUUCAAAAUAUAAAGAUGGAAUAAAUGUUGAGUUUGAAAUUUGUAAAAAUGAAGCUCAACCUAUAAGUCAUAGUUUUUGUGUAACUCAAAGUAAAGAAUUUGCAGAAAUUACAAUUGAUAGAAUUAAUAAAUAUACAAAUAUUGACUGA